GGAGUUCACUUACUUACUAUUGUUCUGUUUUGGAGAGCAGAGCCCUUUGUUCAGCAGCGAGGGGUUUUGGCCAACCCAACAAGCCACCAAGUUCUGCGAUCAUGAAGAACCCUGAAUUGACACUAAUAGAUGCAACCUGACCACCAACAACAAGACUAGUGCAACUAUUCAAUACAAAUUAAAAUCCCAAGACCAGCACUUGUCCCUGUAGGCUUUUGACUUCAACACAGCACAUCGAUGUGUUAAUUUAGGGGUUUUGGCCAACCCGAGAAGCCACCAAGUUCUGCGAUCUUAAAUAACCUUGAAUUGACCCUAAUAAUUGCAACCUGACACAACAGUUACCAUUAUAUAUGCCACUAUUCAACGCAAACUUUUGCACAAAUUAAAAUCCCUAGACUAGCACUUGACCCUGGAAGCUUUUGACUUUGACGCAACAAAAUGAUGUUUGCAAAUAUUGCACACCCACUUACCUAUUUACUGCUCUAUUUUACCCAAGGCUGGUUGCACACAGCUAACUCGUUCUUCCUGUCACAAGAUUCUGACUGUCCCGCUGUUGUAAAAGCACUGUGUUGCAGGACGUCCCGUCUGUGUGGCUCUCAUUCCUUGUAAUUGUGCAUUAGUUUGCUUGGGGUACUCCUAAAACAUGCAAAAAGUGGAUUGGCUACUUGAAUUUGCCUCUAGAUCAGAAUGCAUUGCUUUCUGCUUGGGCCUUGAGCUAUUAAAGCAGUCCAGAACCAUGAUGCAAUCCCACCAUACUUCACAGUUGGGACUAGUUUUCUUUUCUCACUGCUGCCACAUUUGGGCAUUUUCUGGCUUUGCAGUGUAAAGAAGAGUAACACCCCCAAGACGACCUUCUUAUAAUCUUAAAUGCCUUAAGAACCAAGGUCUUGCGACAAAACAUCAAGAUUACACACAAAUCCAGUCACAUCGACUUGCCGCAACUUCUUCAAUGACCUCAUUCAUUCCCGACCCUUGCUUAACCUCGUUUCCUCUUCUUUAACAGAUGAGUGUGAACAUUUCAACACCUGCACUCCCACCGCCACUGAAACGAGUAGACUGCGAGGACUCGCACAGCACCCAUGCGCCGAAAUGCAAACGUCGCCGGCUCAGCCAACCCCCCUCCCCUGGCCUGGCCCCCUGCCUUCGACCUCAGACUCAGAUCCCAGAGCAGGCGGGUCCAGGAAAGCUCUGUGUCUCCUCCAUUGGGCCCUAUGUACUGCUGGAGGCCACGGAGAACAGCCAGACGUACCGAGCCGUCCAUCGCGUCACCGAACAGGAGUACACCUGUAAGGUGUUUUCGAUUCGGAAGUACCAGGAGCUUAUUGCUCCCUACACCCGUCUUCUGCCCCACGACAACAUCUGCAAGAUGGCUGAGGUGAUAAUGGGGGAGCGGAACGUGUACAUAUUCUUCGAGCGCGACCACGGGGACAUGCACUCGUACGUCCGGACGUGUAAGAGGCUCCCAGAGGAAGAGGCGGUUCACCUGUUCAGGCAGAUGGCAUCAGCGGUCGCACACUGUCACGAAAACGGCGUCGUUCUCAGGGACCUCAAGCUGCGCAAGUUCGUCUUUACGGACGCUCAGAGAACAAAGCUGGUCUUACAUAACCUGGAGGACUCCUGUCUUCUGACCGGAGACGACGACUCCCUGACGGACAAGCACGGCUGCCCGGCCUACGUCGGCCCGGAGAUCUUGAACUCCCACCACUCGUACUCCGGCAAGGCAGCGGACAUCUGGAGCCUGGGAGUGGUACUUUACACCAUGUUAGUCGGACGCUACCCCUUCCAGGACGUGGAGCCCGCCGCUCUGUUUAGCAAAAUCCGCAGGGGCGCUUUCACCAUCCCCGACACUCUGUCGGCCAGGGCCAGGUCUCUGGUGUGCUGCAUGCUGAGGAAGUCGCCCUCCGAGAGGCUGGAAGCCGCGGACAUUCUGCUUCACCCCUGGCUCCACUGGAGCGGCAGCACGUCUCCCAGCCAGCACGGCAGUUCGAGGCACGUCGGCGAUCAGACGGUGCCGGAUUUUGAGAAAAGCGACAGCGGGGACCGUUACUAGAGCGCUGUCCUGAUUGGUGACAUCUGACGGCCACCUUUCUUCCAGAAAAAGGUGGUGACAUCUGAAAGGCUCGUGCUGUGCGCCGACGGCUUCGGGACUGGACUCUGCAUUCAGAGCACAGCCGGACCUUCCUCAGCAGACUCAAAAACAUUGAACUGGGCAGUAUUGUGAUAUCCGUGUGUGUAUUUCAUACAGUGUACAUUUAAGUUAAAGACUUUGAUACCUCGGACUUGAAUCCUGAGAUACUUGAUGCACAUCCUGUGCCUUUUAUGUACUGUUUACAGAAUUUCCAGUGCAAACACAGUCGUAUUUAAAGUGCCUUGUUACUAGGCAGUAAAUGUUGUAUGAGGUUUUUUUUUUCCAUUUUUGUUUUGGUUACUUACCAAAGAUGUAAAUCACCAAUUUUUGCUGUGGUCGUCAUUAGUAACGGCUUUAUUCUGCUCCGGUCUUGAUGUGGAAAACUCGAUAACGCACUGCUGGGCCAACCGAGCUCGAAUCUCAGCUCUGCUAUUGGCCGGACAGGUGCCUACACGCAGACACGAUUGGCUAACGUCUGCCGGGUGGGAGGUCCAUAAGGAUUACUGUUGCGCCCGUGGUCUCUGCUGGCUGGUCCGAUGGUGCCUGCAUAGACACGGGGGAUAACGGCGAGCAGUGCGUGUACGUGCGGGUGAAAAGAAGCGGCUGGCAACUUUCCGCGUCGGAGGGGCGUGUUAGGCACGGCCCUCUUCAGCCAGGGUUGGGGUCUGCAGCAGUAGAUGAGAGAUAUAACCAGGGUAAUUGGGUAAUUCCGUUGCAGAACCACAAGCUAGCUUAGAUUUCCGAAAUAUUCAAAAUUAUGUUGCGACAUUGCAAGUCAGGAGGCUGUUUCAGAUCAUUUAGGUCAUCGACUGUUGUGCUCUUUACUAUUUAUGGGUGCUGGUGGUUCAGACACAGGCAAACUGCAAUUGCAAAGCUGAAGUAAUGUCUAAAUUGCUGAUCGAUACCCCGAAUUCGACUCGACUGCGCCCGUUUCUGUCGCGACCACGGCUUUUUUGUCGGUCUUGUUUGUGUUAUCACGUGAAGGGUUGUGCUCAUACUUGUCUCGAUUCACUCAGCGAACACGAACGUACCGCGUUUAUACACGGACCAGGAGCUGGUCUUUAAACCCUGUCGUGAGAGGCUUUCCUCAAUGGCGGGGGGUCUAUUGUUCUGAAGAAACCUGUGAUGUCAUAGUGUCUUAGUUCGUAGAUCAGAUAAACCGUGACCCAAGGCAGGACAGCUGUCUGUAAUACGUGCCGUGAUUGGUCGUUGUUAGAUCCUGAUGGACACUGAGGCGCUGACUCACACCACAGUGAUCAUCCAUGUAAUGGUAAUGUGAUGUGUGGCGUGUGUGACACAGUUGAUUGAAACAGAGGCAUUACCGGUCGUUGCUGGUCGUGCCCGCAUGCAGUGCCGUCGACAGUCAUGUUGUCAAACUAACGUUUUGUGAAUUUGUAAAUAUCUUUAUUAUUUUUCUAACCACGGCAACGGAAGAACACUACAUUUUUCUGUUCUACGUACAAACGUUUAAUGUACUUUUUUUUUUAAAGGUAUUUUGUUGUUGCCAGUACAAAUAAAGAUAUUUUAAAACAUU